AAAAGGAGUCACCUGAAAAGCGUCAAAAACGUCUCUCAAACGAUCAGCAUAGAAGACUCAAGAAAAAGGUAGCAGAAACCACCGAAGAACAUGAGGCACAUCUUGUGUGCGAUAGAGAAAAAAAACAAUAUAAAGCAGAGGCAAAUACCAAUUUACAGCAAGAGUCAGAACGACCUGUAAUAGUAAAUAUAGAAGGUGUAUAUCAAGACAAUGAGAAUACUGCUACUACUUUUCAAAGUGAAAGUAAUGAGAAUACAAGGGUAAAUAUUAAUUUGCAGCAAGAGUCGGAACGACCUAUUAUAGGAGUAAAUAUAGAAACUAUAUAUCCAGUUAGUGAAAAUAUCAGUAGUACUUCUCAAAGUGAAGAUAGCGCGGAAAUAAGUGUCGAGUUACAAUCGGCUACAACACUAAGCGAUUACGAAAAAGAACUUUUGAAAAAAUUUCGCACUAAGAUGAGUGAAAGAACUUUACCAAAAAAGUUUUUUUCUGAAAAUAAUAUAGAUCCAGAUGAAAUACCUGAAAAGCUUCAAGAGUAG